CACUGUUACAUGGGAUUCCUUACAGACACCACUUUAGAAGAGCACAUCCGACAAGUUCAUUGUGACCUCAGUGGUUCUCGUUUUGGCUCUCCAGUAUUAGGAACUCCAAAGGAUCCUGUAGUAGAAGUGUAUUCUUGUUCCUACUGCACCAAUUCACCAAUCUUUAACAGUGUCCUUAAAUUAAACAAGCAUAUUAAAGAAAAUCACAAGAACAUUCCGUUGGCAUUAAACUAUAUUCAUAAUGGCAAGAAAUCUAGGGCUUUAAGUCCCUUAUCUCCUGUUACUUUAGAACAGUCCUCUUUAAAGAUGAUGCAUACUUUAGGUGGCACUCCAACUAGGCCUGCAGGCGAGUACAUCUGUAAUCAGUGUGGUGCCAAGUACUCAUCCCUUGAUGGGUUUCAGACUCACUUAAAAACUCAUCUUGAUACAGUUUUGCCAAAACUCACAUGUCCCCAGUGCAACAAAGAAUUUCCAAAUCAAGAAUCCCUUCUGAAGCAUGUUACCAUUCACUUCAUGAUAACAUCUACAUAUUAUAUCUGUGAAAGCUGUGACAAGCAAUUCACUUCAGUGGAUGACUUGCAGAAGCACUUGCUAGACAUGCAUACGUUUGUAUUCUUUCGUUGUACAUUGUGUCAGGAGGUGUUUGACUCCAAGGUCUCUAUUCAACUUCACUUGGCUGUAAAACAUAGCAAUGAAAAAAAGGUGUACCGUUGCACUUCCUGUAAUUGGGAUUUCCGCACAGAAACAGAUUUGCAACUCCAUGUGAAACACAAUCACUUAGAGAACCAGGGAAAAAUUCACAAGUGCAUUUUCUGUGGUGAAUCUUUUGGUACAGAAGUGGAACUACAGUGUCACAUAACCACACACAGCAAAAAAUAUAAUUGUAAGUUUUGCAGCAAAGCUUUUCAUGCUAUCAUUUUAUUGGAAAAACACUUGCGGGAAAAACACUGUGUAUUUGAUGCCAAAACACCAAAUUGUGGAACCAAUGGAGCUUCUCAGGAAGUUCAAAAAGAGGAAGUGGAGCUUCAGAGCUUGUUAACCAACAAUCAAGAAUCCCAUAAUAGUCAUGAUGGUAGUGAAGAAGAUAUUGAUACCUCUGAACCAAUGUAUGGUUGUGACAUUUGUGGUGCUGCCUACACCAUGGACUCUCUUCUACAAAAUCACCAGCUCAGAGACCACAAUAUAAGGCCUGGAGAGAGUGCUAUUGUAAAGAAGAAGGCUGAAUUAAUUAAAGGAAACUAUAAAUGCAAUGUGUGUUCCCGUACAUUCUUCUCCGAAAGUGGUCUGAGAGAGCACAUGCAGACACAUUUGGGACCUGUAAAGCAUUACAUGUGUCCAAUCUGUGGAGAACGUUUCCCUUCCCUGUUAACACUUACAGAACACAAAGUCACACAUAGUAAGAGUCUAGACACUGGGAACUGCAGAAUUUGCAAACUUCCUCUACAUAGUGAGGAAGAUUUCUUGGAACAUUGUCAGAUGCAUCCAGAUCUAAGGAACUCUCUUACAGGAUUUCGCUGUGUGGUGUGCAUGCAGACAGUGACUUCCACUCUAGAACUUAAAAUUCAUGGAACAUUCCACAUGCAGAAGACAGGGAAUGGAUCUUCAAUCCAGUCCUCUGCCCGUGUACAAAACUUGCAGAAAUUAUUCAAAUGUGCAUCUUGCCUAAAAGAAUUCCGCUCAAAGCAGGAUCUAGUAAAGCUUGAUAUUAAUGGAUUGCCCUAUGGGCUAUGUGCAAGUUGUGUUAAUCUUAGUAAAAGUGCUAGCCCAAAUGCAAAUAUGGCUUUAAGCUGUAACAGACCAGCUAUAAGUCAAAAUGAUGCCCUUCCUUGUGUAGAAGGUAAAAAUAAAUCUUCUGUGCUGAAGACCAGAUGCUCUAGCUGUAAUGUUAAAUUUGAAUCAGAAACUGAACUUCAAAAUCACAUUCAGACAAUCCAUAGGGAACUCCCACCAGACAACAAUACACCACAGCUGAAAACACCACAAGUGUCCCCAAUGCCUAGAAUAAGUCCAUCUCAGUCUGAAGAGAAAAAAACUUACCAAUGCAUCAAGUGCCAGAUGGUUUUCUACAAUGAAUGGGACAUACAGGUUCAUGUUGCAAACCACAUGAUUGUGUUCAACAAGACAAAAUGGAUGUCCCCUAUGGUAGCAACUCAAGAAGCGACUCAAGAUGUUUCGCAAGCAUAUGCAAAAGCAGAUGAAGGUCUGAAUCAUGAGUGUAAACUUUGCAGCCAAUCGUUUGAUUCCCCGGCCAAACUCCAGUGUCACUUAAUUGAGCACAGCUUUGAAGGAAUGGGCGGGACGUUUAAGUGCCCAGUCUGCUUUACAGUUUUUGUUCAAGCAAACAAGCUGCAACAGCACAUUUUCUCAGCCCAUGGGCAAGAGGAUAAGAUAUAUGACUGCACACAGUGUCCGCAGAAGUUCUUUUUCCAAACAGAGCUGCAGAACCACACAAUGACCCAACAUAGCAGUUAGUGAAAACCUGACUUUGGUGGAAGAAAUCUGUUGAUACAAAAAGGGAACAUGUUUUAUUAUUUGCACGAAACUUUGAUUGUUUAUGAAUAUUAAUCAAAAAAUCAUUGUAUAUUACCAUACAACUUGUAUUAUUGGAACUGUUGGAUGUUCAUGUGUUUGGACUUUUGAGCACCGGAUAAAAUUCUUGUAUAUAAAUGUUGCACAUGUAAUAUGUUGUUCAAUACUAAAACUGUCUUAUAAAAAAAAACAAAAAAACAACAGCUGACUUGGGCCCUAUUCAUGUAAAGAAGAUGAAAAUCUGCCGGGGAAGAGGCUUAGCAAAAUCUACUUUCUAUAAAGGAAGAGCAAGAAAAUUUGUUGCAAUAAUAUUAGCUGUAUUCUGCCAUUCUUUUUAAAUUAUCUAGGUUUAAUAAGCCUACUUUACUACAAAAACAGCUGUAUUGAAAACUUUUAUAUAUAUAUAUAUAUAUAUAUAUAUAUAUAUAUAUAUAUACUUAAUGCAACUAAGGAGUCUUAAACAGAGGAGCCGUUCAAACCACAUAGAAAAAAAAAAUAUCUUGAAUAAGGCCCAUAUAUAUAUUUGUAAGCCUUGCGGUAUGACAGAUAGCAUUACCAUAUAUGCAAUAGUUGUUAUGUAGAUUGUCCAGAAAACUUUUCUUCUGGAAACCAUUUGAAGCUUUUUUUUGUGUGUUCAAACUUUUUCUUAAUGAUUUCACACAGCCAAAUUCUUGAAUCUGUUAAACUAACCUGUAUGUAACUGUUAUUAAUGUUUACUCUGCGGUCUGAAUCUGGAGAUUACUGGAAUUGUUUUCCAAGAGAAAAUAAAUUCAAUUUAGCAUUA